AUGGCCACGAGGACUCAACUAUUCGACGCCACUGGCGAUGGCGUUACUCAUGUCUUCCAGAAUCCUUCAGGAGGACCCUCACAUCUUCUUUCGCUCCUUCCCACAGAACCUCCAAACGCAGCUCUGGCCAUCGGAACGACGUCUCGACUCCCUCCUUCCGCUUCCUCGUUCUCCGCAAAUCCCAAUUUUCUUCCGAUACUACAUUCUGUGAUAGCUGAAAAUGCUCCUUCCGACCCAAUGGUACAAUCUCAAGCUGCAGUGAUGAUUUCUUCAUCGGGAGCCAACCUUUUCAAGCCUCAACGCAGGCAGGAGACCGGCGCCUUUGGUGCGAGCGACCAAUGUGGCUAUGGUAGUGCAGGUAGAGGUGGCUGGGUUCAUAUCUCGGAUCUACGCCAUAUACCCGAUUUUGGUCGAAUUGCGGAACCUGAAGACAUCCUUGGGAGCGUGGAAGUGGACGGUAACGGCCAAUUUGUGGAUGGUACUGGACGCUAUCAAGUCAGUGGCACAUACAGAAUCUGCACGAACGAUGGAAUUCUGGGUCUCAGCGACUUCAUGAGAGCAAAAUUGGUGGAGAGAUUGAAGAUCGAGGAGUCUGCUCUGAAGGACCGUUCCGAAGAAGCACCAGAACCUUGA